GUGGCAUGGUAGGCCGUUGAAGAAGGUUUCAAUCUGUUUGAAAUUGUUUGGAAUUUACUAUAAAUAUUUUGAGUAUUAUAAGAAAUACUAAUACUAGAUGUGUAUUUUUGGUGUUAUAUAUUGAAAAGUGGGACUGAGAGUUAUUGUAGUAUUUAAGAUGCAUCGGCAUUCAUGAAGUCAUGAACCUUCCCCCCUUUCAACUGUAUUUAGUCUCUUUCUAUUUAAUAUUUAUCGACCUCUUAAAUCACACAACUCUUACCACCACAUCACACGCACAUAGACAUACAUGUAGACAACUUAUGCAGGGCCGUCUUUUAGCACGUGCAACUGGAGCGGUCGAACAGGGUCCAAAUUUUUAGAAGAUAAACCGGUGGAGAUAAUAACUCUCAUGGGUGGUUCAUCUUAUUUAUAUACACGACUUUCACGAACGGUUUCUUUAUACACCAAGGCAAAGUGAGAGCUUCCUAACCAUCAAAAUAGAGUCGAAGGUCUAAUGUUUUCUCUACAUGAUGGGACCAUCUGUCCUAAAAAGAGGGAUCAGAUGAAAGUCUAUGGAGAAUCGUUUCAUGGUUCCUUCAAACGGAUCAAACAAGAAGAUCAAACGCAAGCAAAACUUGAAAAGAGCACUACUCUGUCGAAGUCGGAGAACGCCAAGUUGUUAAAACCUGAAGUUCAGCUUUACCUAGACACUAAGGUCCAUUCUGAGACAUCUGAAGAUCAUAGGACAUGCCUGGACCUCGAGUUAAACCUUUGUUCCUCGUCAAGUUCCGUAGUAAAAAGAAUCAUGAAGAAAGAGGAAUCUUCGAAAGGCAAAACUUUGAUCAUGAGCCCAAGUAAAAAGAGGAAAUCUGGUGAUAAAGGCGGGGUAAGUCGAUCCCCGUCUUGGCUAGCGUUUGAAUGUGAGAAUGAUACUGAAGAGCAGAAAAAGCAAGAGAUGGUAACAACGGUGUGCAUGAAGUGUAACAUGCUGGUUAUGCUCUGCAGAUCAAGUCUUGUGUGCCCCAACUGCAAGUUCACGCACCCUGAUGAUGAUCACAGGCCUUUGAGUCUGUUUUAAGCUUUUAUGCUAGGCUUUUUGCCUUUUCAUAUUCGUGGUUAAUGGGUCCAAGAAUUAAUGUCGAACUAGGUAUAUGUAUAUACAAGUACUUAACACUAUCAUUCUAUGCUUAUGUAUGAAUUGCUUUAGAGUUAGCCAAAAAAAAAUGAAUUGCUUUAGCAUA